CUGACUUGACAGGAGACCAUGGCAGUUAAACGUUCAUGCUCGAGCCCUGCAGCCGGUGAAGCGUCUCUUUGGUAACGGACCGGGCCGGUGUCCGUCACACGGCUAAAUAUGGCCGUAGAGGGCUCAGUCUGCCGGUAAAGACGACACACUGAGGCACCGGUAGUAGUUCUCGGCUCAUUAUGAGUAAAGAGGAACACAGAUCCCGGGACAGAGGUCAUCUAACCGUGUGACUGCAGCCCGCAGGAGAGUUUCACUUCUCCGUUAACGGCUGGUGUUUGUUCCUGUAAACGUCCGCUGGGACAGUUUCUGUUCGACGCUAAGCGGAGAGUUGAAGCUUUAACUGAACAGCUUCGUGUUAAACAACUGCGCAACAAGUUGUUAACCCUCCGGUUGUUGUUGUUGUGUUUGUGGUGGCGUCCCGUGUGAACAGCUGACUCACCGACUGAAGGCCGGACCGGGACUCUGAUGUUCAGCCCGGUGCUGAGUAGUUCCUCCAUGGGCUGACUCUGACUGACUGACCCUCCUCACGGUGUGGAGAUGAUCGGGUCUCCGGACCUGCUGGCCUUCACCAGCCCUGAGGGGUUUGGUCUAGGAGAAGAGGACCAGGACGGUCUACCUGAAGAGUUCUCUGUCCCCCGUCUACCUCCAUCCAACCCCUGGACCACCUCGGCCCAGUUCCUCAGAGACUUCAUACUGGUGGCUGAGUUCUCAGAGCAGGUGGGACCCAAGCCUGUGCUGACAAUACCGGACAACCCCGGAGUCAUCGGAUCGUUUGACCUCAACCACUUCUCUGUUCGCAUUAUGUCCGUGGACUACCAGGCGUCCGGCCCCUGCCACUCCCAGCCUGCAUCCCCCGGCCCUCGACUCAACUUCAAUGAGGACUCCAAGGUGGUUCUGGGAGAUUCGGCGGAGGAUGCUUUUGCAUACGUUCACCACAUGACCCUAUAUGACCUGGAGGCUCGGGGCAUGGUUCGGCCUUUCUGCAUGGCGUACGUGUGUUCUGACCAGAAGAAGCUGAUGGAGAACUUCUCUGAACUGUCGACGAGGUUCUCUCAGGCCUCCGACAGCCUCAAGACGGGAAACAGACAAGCGUUUUCUAUGGAGCUGCAGAGAAAAUUACAGGAGCUUGAGUACUCGCGGUUGACUCUGCUACAGGAGACAGAACUUCCGAGGACGACAAAUGGGUUCACAGAGGAGGGAGAAAAAGCAGAUGAGCUUGAAGCUGUAGAGCGUUCAAUCUUAAGUCAUAGAGACCUCCUGCGCCAGGUCACUUCCUACCCAAACAGGAAGCUGAAACAGCCUGACUUCCUGCCAUACGACCCAGCCGACUCCCUCACUGAUCCGACUGCGUUACUGCCUCCUGAGCACUGUCCCUCCCUCUCCACCUCCACCUCCCGCAGGUCCGAGCGCCGUCUGAAGGCUCUGCAUGAGCUUUGCAAUGCAUACUUCCUGACUCUAAUGAAGGAUCAGCUCGCCGACGCAGAGCGCCGCCUACGAGGCGACAGGAGUAUGCUGCGAACUGCAUGUGUCACACGGUCGUUGUCCAGGAGGCUCACGCUUAUCAACUUCCUGUUUGAGCUGUGGAGCCCAGAAGACGGAGAUGAGGAGGAGAGAGAGAGCCCUGAGGCAGAGCUGCAGAGGGCGACGGGGAGCAAAAGCGGCGUUGAGAUGUUUCAAUCAGAACCAAUGAGCCUGGAGUCAUUCUGCUCCUGCGUGGAGGAGAUCCCCAUCAAACUGGAGGCAGGAGAAGCUGGGACAGUGACACCUGACCUCGAUGUUGCCACGGAGAUGACAGGAAGUGUGAGCAGCGGCGACAGCAUCGAAGUGCUCGGGACUGAGAAGUCUUAUCGGACGCAGCAUGUCGUCGCUGGAUCUGACAGCAGAGAAACAUCAGUUGGAAUGACGGACACCUAUUACAGGCGAGCUACAGUAGAUUCAGGAUUCAGGCGCGUGCGAGCGUACGCCAGACGAGCCAACAGUGAGGACAGCAUCGAGGUACUGAGUACCACCGAGUCCAUCUUUCCUGACGACCUCACCGCCAUCACAGAGGAAGACGCAGAGUACCAGCCUCUGAGUAACGGCUUUGAGAAGGAGGAGGAGGAGAUACUGACAGAGUGUAAAUCUGACGACGUCCUCAAAGAGAAGACGUCGAAUGCAACUACUUUAGUAAAUGAGGAUGAAAACGAAGAGCCUUUUCAGGAAGAUGAGGGUCGUGUUGACAGAGAUGAGGCCUUAAAGCAAAUAACUGUUAGGGGUGAGGUUAUAGUGAGAGAGGAGAAGGUCAUUGAAUGUUUGAAGAGCAAUCAAGUCCAUGAAGACAACAGUCCUGAGAAGACGUCCAAACGGCUGCAAGUGGAGUCGACGCCUCAGUGGUCUGAAAUGCCUCAGACGGUGCAGUCGGUGCCUGACCUUCAUGUCAACUUCGCCCCUCCCGUUGCCCUGGAUGAGGUUGACCGGUGGUCUCCACCCUGCACUCCUCUCAGGCUGCUGAGCAUCGACGAGGCGUCCGACUGCGCCAGCUUCACCGGCUCCUCAGACCCGCCCUCUCCCGACCAAAAUUUCCACAGCAACACCCACUCAGAUAGAAGGAGGAAGAGAAGGAAGGCUGGACUCAGAGCCCUAAGGUUCCUCAAACAGAACUCCUUCUCCCAGCAUGCCGUGUUUUGUCUCCUGAGCGGUCGGCCGCUGGUCGUCAUCGGGGGAGACGAGACUUUGGUCAGAAAACUAGUGGACGCUCUGAGUCUCUUCCUGCCUGCUCCUGGUCCUGAUGGAAACGCUGUGGUGCUGUGUUUGACCGCGCCGCUUCAACUGACCGACCUGCUCACCUGGAGACUGAUAGGAAUACACAGAUCAUCCUCCAGCUCUUCGGCCAGCAUUCUUCACUCUCUGACUCGCUACAGUCGUUAUUUGGCGAUGUUGGAUCUGGACCAGAGGACGCUGCGCUGUCCUUCAUACUCUGGCUCUCUCAUCAGCAGACUGGCUGAUCCUCACACCGGCAUCAGCCGAGGCCUCACCUACCUGCUGCACCUGGAGAGCUGCCUGACUGCGCUGGCCAACAAGGCUCUGCUGUACACGUUUAAUCGUGCUUUACAUCGCCCGAACGCUGCUGGAGGGAACAGUGGCACAGAAGAAAAGGACUUGCUGUUCACGCAAGUAUUCCGCGGCAGUGAGUAUGAUUUGAGGGUGAUGCAUUUCCUGUGUGACCUCAUCAAACAGCGCCACGCAGGACGUGGACCACCGGUUUUAGGUUUCUCUUACCACUCAAUGCACCUGCACAGAAAUACGUAUGCAGCAUAAACACUGGUUGGACAAAAAUAAUGAUCUAGUCCUAGGGAUAGUCUAUUAUAAUGCCUACAACCAAAUGCACUGAGUUGUGUUGUCUGGCCAUUGAAGCAUCACGCCUGUAUGUUUUUAUCUGCAGUGUUGAAUGUUAGUGUGUAUGCAUGAUUUUUACACCAUGAUGCUGCGGGUCAUGUCUCUCUCUGGAUUACUGCACUAGUGCCUCACUGGCACCAAAGACUUUUACAUGCUGGCAGCCUCAACAGAUGACGUACUUAUUUUUUUAUUGGAGUGUGUUUUUACAAUGAAAGCUUAUCACUGAAUCACAUGUGAACUCUUUAUGAUUUAAGAUAAUUGAGCCACAUACAGGUAUGAAACCUUGUCAGUUUGAGAUUGCUGUUCAGCCAGCACAGUGUUGUUGCAUGUAGCUUGUGAAUCUUGAUGGUACCACAUGGACUGGUAAUUAUUUACUUUUAUAAACAGCCUUGGCUGUAACUAGGUCUGUUGCUCUGUCAUUUAGCAUUUCACAAGCUUAGCUGCAGAGUAGAAUAAAAGAUUGGUUCUCUCAGAGUUUAUGCCAGCUGUAAGACAACUUUAACAUGAUUGUUUUCUUUAGGGGCUGCAACUGAUUCAUUUUCAAAGUAGUUGGCGAUUAAUUUAAUAGCUUAAUAAU